UCAUUAUAUUACUAAAAUGGGGUUUUUUUCGUUCCUAAAGAGCCGCCCCAUCUUCUGGCUGAGCGUCACCGGAACUACGGUAGGCGCCGCCUGCGCCAUAAAAGACCUUAUGCAAGGCGGCAAAUUCACAAAAAAAACCGAUGAAACGAACAAAGUAUUCAUUGUGACGGGGUCGAACAGCGGAAUUGGAAAGGAAACGGUCAGGGAACUGGCGAAACGGGGAGCAACCGUUUACAUGGCAUGUCGAGACAUGAAAAAAUGUGAGGAGGCCCGAGAGGAGAUUGUGCUGGAGACCAAAAACAAAUACGUGUACUGCCGUGAGUGUGACUUGGCUUCGCUGGACUCAAUUCGGAAUUUCGUUGCUGCCUUCAAGCGGGAACAGAAAACGCUGAAUAUACUCAUCAACAAUGCUGGUGUCAUGCGCUGUCCCCGAUCACUUACAAAGGAUGGCUUCGAGAUGCAGUUGGGCGUGAAUCAUAUGGGCCACUUUUUACUUACCACACUGCUAUUGGAUCUGUUGAAGAAUUCAACGCCUAGUAGGAUAGUCAACGUCUCAAGCCUAGCACAUACACGUGGCGAAAUCAACACCGGCGACCUGAACAGUGAGAAGUCGUACGACGAAGGCAAAGCCUACAGUCAGAGUAAAUUGGCGAACGUCCUGUUCACACGGGAGUUGGCUAGACGACUGGCAGGCACAGGAGUAACGGCUAAUGCCUUGCACCCCGGGGUUGUGGAUACAGAACUCUUUAGGCACAUGAGCUUUUUCAGUAACUUCUUUGCCGGACUAUUCGUUAAGCCUUUGUUUUGGCCCUUCGUAAAGACCGCCGCGAAUGGGGCACAAACCAGCUUAUAUGCGGCUCUCGAUCCGGACUUGGAGCUGGUGUCUGGUGAAUAUUUCAGUGAUUGCCAGCCCAAAGAAGUAGCGCCAGCUGGCACUGACACACAGACAGCCAAAUGGCUUUGGGCAGUCAGUGAAAAGUGGACAAAUCCACCGCCAAUCGAUGUGAAAAAAUAGGAUUAAACGUUUAUUGCCGUAAAAAGACUUUCUGCCAGUCAUAAAUGAAUCAUUUUCUACAAUCGAAA